AUGCCGACAAUCGCAGUCACCAACUUCAAUGUUAUAGUGGCUGUCCUUGGUGGGUGGAUAUCGUUGUUUGGGUUGGUCUCAUAUCUCUUGAAGGAGAAUUUCUACUUGUCCGAGGCCUUGAUAUCUCUCCUAGCUGGAGUCACGUUUUCACCUCAUGCAGCCAACCUAGUCCGGCCUUUGGACUAUGCAAUGGGCAAUCAGAACAACGUUGAUAAGAUAACCCUGUAUUUCUCUCGUCUUGUCCUCGGGGUUCAGCUUGUCCUGGCUGGGGUCCAGCUUCCAUCACGAUACCUUAAGAACGAAUGGAAGCCCCUAAGCCUACUGCUGGGUCCCGUGAUGGCCUGUAUGUGGGUAAUCACAUCGCUGUUGAUCUGGGGUCUGACACCUGGGCUCCCAUUUUUGCAUGCGUUGGCCAUAGGGGCAUGCGUCACGCCUACUGACCCUGUGCUCUCCAACGUCAUUGUGAAGGGCAAGUUCGCCGAUCAUAAUGUGCCAAAGGAAUUGCAAAAGAUCAUCAUCGCUGAAUCGGGUGCGAAUGAUGGGCUGGGUUACCCCUUUCUCUUUUUCGCUCUGUACCUGAUCAAGUAUAUCGGUGAUGGUGGUCAAGCUGAGUCUGGUGGAGCUGGCAUGGCCAUGGGCCUAUGGUUUGGCGAGACCUGGGGCUACAUCAUAAUCCUCAGCGUUAUCUACGGCGCCGUAGUAGGUUGGCUUGCCAGAGAGUUGCUUCACUUUGCUGAGAGCCGCAAAUGGGUCGACCGUGAAAGCUUCUUAGUCUUUGCACUCUCUUUGGCGCUAUUCAUCACGGGUACUUGUGGGAUGGUCGGCAGCGAUGAUGUCUUAGCUUGCUUCAUUGCUGGCAACGUUUUCACCUGGGAUGACUGCUCGCUCCAACCUACGAUUGAUAUGCUUCUUAACGUGACGAUCUUCAUGUGGUAUGGAGCUGUAUGUCCUUGGACCAAGUUCGUACAGAACGAUAUUAUUCCAAUUUACAGACUCAUCCCGCUUGGAAUCCUGAUAUUGCUCUUUAGAAGGCCUCCCGUCAUCUUUGGCUUCCGUAAGUUGAUACAUCAGAUUGAUGAUUUGCGACAGGCAAUUUUCAUGGGAUUCUUUGGACCUGUCGGCGUCUCCGGUAUCUUCUACUUGUACAUCACACUUGAGUUUCUCGAUACUCUCAAGAAAGGUGAUACGCAAAGAGGAGACGUAGCUCAUAUGGGAGAAGCUACCGAGAUCAUUGUUUGGUUCAUCGCAGUUUGCAGUGUGGUAGUACACGGCCUUAGUAUUCCUCUGGGCAAAUUCGGAUUCUAUCUCCCCCGGACAAUCUCACGAUCCUUGACAUCCCCAGAUGACCCCAACCACGGUUCGUUUCGAAUUCAUGGGCCUGCCACUGCUGCCCUCCCACAAACAUGGCCGAGGCCCGCUUCACGAGGCAACAACGAGCCCGAGACACCCACAAAACCCCGAACUCCGUCUGUUCAUCUUAUAUGCCGGGUUGGUGGCUCGACUAUCACGGCCGACGAUAAGCAAGCAAACCAGCAAAGCCCCAAAACUGGGCCAAGAACGGGAGGAGCCUCCAAUUCACCUGCUACGCCAACAAUGCCUUGUCGUACCAUUCGGUUUCCUGACGAGGAGAACCUCCAGGAAUCUGGAAUCUCCGAGGCUCAACCAAAAGACAAUACGGAAAGAAGCAAUGAUGUUCCGCCACAAACGACAUGA